UCAUUAACAACAAAUGAUUUUCAGCACAGUUCAGUGUAUAUGUGUGUACAGGUGACAUAUAUGAGCCGAUAAUUGCCCGCUGUUCGAAAAUCUACCUCCCCACUCAGACCAGCGGACGACUACAACAUGACGGCAAAGUGGCAAGUCACCCGUCUCCUUCACGGCGUCCGAGCUAUCGUCGGCGGCCAAGGUCCUCCUGUGGUACUCAUUCCCGGCUGGCCACAGACAGCAGAAGCAUGGAGUGACAUGUUCGAGCCCCUUUCAAAAAGUUACCAAUUCUUCGCACUCGAUCCCCCUGGCUUGGGUGAAUCGCUUCCUCCCGCCAAUGGUUAUGAUACUGCGAACGUCAGCAAGAUCAUGGCCGAAGCCAUUCAUGAUGCUUUGAAGGGACAACCGUAUCAUCUAAUUGGCCAUGAUGUGGGGGGAUGGAUCGCGUAUCCCUGGGCCGCUCAAUUUCAGUCCAGAAUUAAGUCGCUCAGUAUCCUGGACGCUUCAGUGCCGGGUUUCUUGCCACAAUUUCAGUUCCCAUUGUCUCAGCAGACCAACUUGCGUCUCUGGCAAUUCUCUUUCAACGCGCUUCCCGAGUUACCUGAAAUCCUGACGAGCGGCCGUGAGCGGGAGCUCUUGACCUGGUUCUUCAAUUUGAAGACAGUUCAUCCCGAUGGUAUGCACAAAGAUCAUUUUGAACGCUAUAUCCAAGCCUAUUCGCGACCAGGAGCAAUGAGUCGGGGCUUCGAGUACUAUCGAGCUUUUGAGACGAGUUCGAAGCAGAACCUGGAAUUCGCAAAGACACCACUUGACAUUCCUGUCUUGGCUUUGGGCGGAGAGAGCUCUGUUGGUGCGGGUAUGAUCGAUUUGGUCCGGAAGUUCGCAACCAAUGUCUCAGGAGGCGCUAUUUAUGAUUGUGGUCACUUUCUUCCCGAAGAGCAACCAUCUGCUGUUGCACAAAGUCUGCUGGAAUUUUUGGACGCAAAUCAAAAGAAGUAAUGUUUUUUUUUUAGCGUACCUUUCACAUAUGGUGGUCCUUGUGGGAUUGGGGUUGGGGAGCGUCUUUCUCUCUUACUGUAUACACAGAACCGUUCUAGAUAUAUGACAAUGGCGACAAGUGUGCUAGGGUAGGGGUACGAGGAGCGGAUUGAUAAAAGUUGUAACACGUGCUAGAGAGCACUCACAAACGCAUCACUUUUUUCAUGCAGCGUACAUUUUAUCGUUUGUUGACCCGUAGUUUCAGUUCUGACAUUGAGUCUAUAAUGGAAAUUCAGCAUACAUUAACC